CUCAGUCUUAUUGUUAGUACAAUUUUAUAUACUCUUUUAUCUUGUGUGUUUUCGCGGCCAACACCUAAAACAAAAACAUCUCAUUCUGCCAAUUAUUGCAUAGAAUUAUCCAGAAAACCUUGCGGCUUUUCACUUUAAAAUCGUGGAAAAAUUCUUGAUCGUGAAUGUGUUAAUUGACAUGACAAUGAAUAAGGAUAGAAAACUGACCGAAGAAUAUCUGUUGUUGGAUCAUCCUAACAGCUGUUCGUACUCCGACAUGGAAAUGGAGAAUAAGACGGAAAGUUUUGAGGAUAACAAGUUCAAAGAUUCAACCGUACAACAGCAGGAAAAACGAUUCAAUUUUGAGUGUAUGAUGCAGGCAGUGAUGGCGAAGAGUACGUCCAAUGAACCAAAGGAUUUGGAUCGGUAUACUAUCGGUGGUGAUGAUACGGGAAUCUAUACGAAAUGGAACACCGACCAUUUAGUAUUGGGAGAUAUGUGCAACUGGCUGAUAGAUUGCGCGUAUUUUUACCUUUGCGUGGAGAACUGCAAAGAGCGCCGUAAUAGAUGUCGCGAUAUCAUGGACGAUUUUGUGCUUCGGUAUCGAAAGGCGAUGGAAGGCAAAUAUGAAUGUAUCUUUCCGUGGGGUAAAAAUUGGUACCAAUUCUCGGUCACUUCGACCUUAAUGCUCUUCCAUUAUAUGUUAAUAAGUGAAAAUGGACGGAAAAUAGAGAUUGAUAUGAUACUAUCAAUCAUUGUGACGCCAAGGAAAACGCUUUGUCAGAAACACAAUCAGGCUAACAGCGUAUACAUGGCACUACCAUGGAUAGUGGCGCAUUAUUACAACACAAUUGAAUCUUUUUCCCAAAAUGACGACUACAAAUACGUCGUUGAGUAUACAAAAUUGCAGCCCGUCAAAAAUAAAACAGGAGGAUUGUACUAUGAUUAUACAUAUAUCAUGCAUGGGAAUGUUUUAGCCUAUGGAUAUUUGUCCGAAAUGGUAAAGUUGAGUUUUCCGCUCCUCUCUUUUGACAAUUGUAUGACAGAUUUUACGUUAAAAUGGGAAAAAUGUCGAAAAAUUUUGGCUCAUCCGACGAUUUCUUAUGGACCAGUCGGCUUCUACACUCGAGCGUCUACGUUGAAAUCAUUCUCAAACAAGGAUAGCAAACUCGGUAUAGAAGUCAUUCCCACGUGUUUGUUUAUUCGUAUGUACGGUGACGAUUAUUCGUUCGCGGUUCGUGGACAAAAUUCGUGGAUAGCAUAUUACGAAUCAGACAAACUGAGCGAUGAUAUGGCGCAAUAUUGGGUACAAUAUAGAAAUGUUCAUUUUGCUAAUCAAGAAUACAAACCUACUUUUCCGGACGUUGGAUUCUUUUACGAAAAGUACGCUAAAGAAAAUCCAUAUGAACCUGUAAAAAAACGUUGUAAACUCACAUCUCCUAUUACAACUAAGGCAUUUCUUACAAAACCUAACAAAUGUCCAAUUGUGAAUGCAGGGUUUGUGUUUUCGUACGCCAAUAUUGGAAUGAUGCGACAUUUUUAUAAUUGUGCCGAAAUGCGUUACACUUCUAACCCGAAUAGCGAGCGCGGCCGUUUUAGCGUAGACGAAUACAUACUUUGCGAUUACAAUAAUCAUACCAUAGAUAUAUGGAUACGUAUACAUCGACACACAAAUUAUGAUAUGAUCAUCUUCAUUGACCGGGAACGUUUAUGGAAACAGGAGGAUUCUAAUGUAUACAUAUAUCAUCUAAGAUGGGAUUGUAAAAACUGCACGCUGACAUACUGUGGUAGACAAGAGGUGCAACAUCCUACCGAUAAAUGGGAUCUAUGUUAUCCGAAAGAUAUCGAGGUAGUUAAUACGAAUAACACGAUUAUGCUUCUUGAUCACGGAGAACCUAAAUUAGCCAUGUAUCCCAAUUCGUACAAAGAAUUGAAUUCCAAUUUCAAGACAGUCUAUCAAGAUAAAGAGUACGAAUUUGUUUUUAACGAUCAAAUAAAUCAAUACUGCUUAGCCGGUUUAUAUAUUGAUAAAAAAUAAACAAAAACAGCCACUGUACGAGAUACUUUUAUUGUUUUUAAAAAUAAGAGAAGAAGAGUAUUGUUAUCAUAUUAUAGUGCCUCAAAUGAGGCGUGGGAAUUUCGGGAUCGGUUGCGGGAUAAAAAUUGGGAAAUUGGGGCUCCGCCCAAGGAGUCUCACUUGGUUUUUUGUAGAUUU